AUGAAAGAUCCCACACAUCCUGCUAAGUGCCUGUUAACUCCUCUACCUUCAGGAACAGAUGUGCAUUUAAUUCACGUGAGGCCUGCUCAGACACCUGGACAGAAAGUUGUCCCUCUUAUGAUGGUUCAUGGCUGGCCUGGUUCAUUCUACAAGUUUUACAGGAUCCUGCCCUUGCUCACUGAGACCGAUUCAAAUGUGGUCUUUGAGGUCAUUUGCCCCUCCAUUCCAGGCUAUGGCUACUCUGAAGCUCCACAUAAAAAAGGUGAUACUGUAAAAGCGCAGACUUUUUGGAUGCUGCUCAUGGAAAGAUUAGGAUUUACUCAUUAUUACAUGCAAGGGGGAGACUGGGGUGCCUUCAUUACAAGCAACAUAGCCCAGAUGAAGCUUGAGUAAGAUUCCAGGAUUCUAAUCACUAUACCUUUCAGUGUGUUUGUGGUCUUACUUGUUGGUUUUUACCUGCCGUUCCUGGUUGGCUUCAGCAAGGAAGAUAUCAAACGACUCUAUCACUACAUGGAGAAGAAUAUAUAUGAAUUGCUGAGAGAAACUGCAUUACACAUUAAAGCCACAAAACCAGAUACAGCAGAGAACCUGAAUUCAAAUCUCAGUACAAGUGUGGACAAUAAGUCUUGGACUGGAAUGCAGUUUAGGGAUGUCCGCUCUAACACCUACAUGCCUGGAGGGGGACAUUUUGCUGCCUUUGUGGAACCCCAGCUUCUGGGUCAAGACAUCAUGCAGUUUGUGGAAAAGAUGGAGAGUAAAAGGCGCAAAUAA